UGUCGGAUAAGAAUUUUCAUAAAAGCUCGGAUCUGCAUGAUCCAAUAUCGUCUCUGUGCAAUAUGACCUCCAACGGCAUCCACGAGAGUGGUAUCUCCAACCCUGACGACCCCGCUUCUCUUGGGAUGAAGGAGAAGUAUUCGUCAUCAGCUGCUAGCGAUGACAUAUCCACAGUCGAGCGCAACUCUCAGGAUGAUGGUGGAGAGUUCGUGUCUGGUGGACGUUUCAUUAAUACCGACGAUCCUUUCCCCCUCGAUCCCGACGCCCCUGUGGAAGAGAGACAGUUGACCAUCAGGGCUCUACUUGUCGGCUGCCUGCUCGGGGCAGUUAUCUCCGCAAGCAACGUUUAUUUAGGUUUGAAGACGGGGUGGACCUUCGGAGCAUCAUUAUUUGGAUCAAUAUUUGGUUUCGCCAUCCUGAAGCCCUUGUCUACCACAGCACCGCGCUGGCUUGGAGGCGGCUAUUUUGGUCCCAAGGAAAAUAAUGUGUGCCAAUCUACAGCGUCUGCUGCUGGUAGUCUUGGUUUGCUUUUUACCUCUGGCUUUCCUGCUGCAUACGAGCUUGGUCUUCUCAGUGCAAGUCCUCGAGAUGAUAUUGGUCGACUAUUCACGUUUACUAUUUGCUGCGCUUUCUUUGGUCUUGCAUUUUCCAUCCCACUCCGGAAGUUCUAUAUUUUGAAGCUAAAGCUCGUGUUUCCUUCUGGUGUUGCCGCAGCGUACACGAUUCGCUCGCUCCACGUGGGCAAAGCCGCUGCGAUGAACGCUAAGAAAAAGACCAAGGCACUGAUAAUCUCUUUCUGUUUUGCGAUCACUUUGCGCGUCGUCAGCGAAUACGCUCCUGGGCUUCUUUGGGACUGGCAUAUUUUCUAUGCGCUCAAUCGACUGGGGUGGGACUACAUUAUUGCCGCAGAAAGUUGGGGGUGGAUUUGGGAAUGGACACCGGCGUUCAUUGGUGCAGGGAUGCUCACAGGAAUCAACUCAUCAUACAGUUUUUUGGGCGGUAGCUUCCUUGCAUGGGCUAUCAUCGGACCUAUUAUCAUUCACACGGGCGAGGCCAUCGGCAUUCCGGCAGUUACAUCCAUCCCUGGACAAAUGAAUUAUGCAUCCAUGGUUUUGACUGAUCCCGUUAAUCAACCAUCGCCGCGAUACUGGCUGGUCUGGCCCGGCACACUCAUGCUACUUUGCACGAGUUUCACCGAAGUCGCCUGCAACUUCAAGUCCAUCUAUAUGGCCACGCGCAAUGCGAUAGGUGCACUCAUGGAACGUUUCCACGGAGAUUCCCAUGAAAAGAACAAUGUAGAAGAGAUCGUGGAUCCUGUACCACCUGAAGACCGAGUUCCAUUCUUGCUUUGGGGCAGUGUGCUCGUCGCUAGCAUCGUGGUCACAUGUACUGUCAUGGGUGUCCAGUAUGGCCAGAACGUUGGUAUCACAAUUCUUGCCAUUGUCUUCGCGUUCGCGUUCAGCUUCAUUGGAUGUGAGAGUUCUGGCCGCACAAACAUUAAUCCUGUGACAUCCAUUGGUAAUGCUUCUCAACUCGUUUUCGGUGGUAUUGGCAAAGGGCAAGGAUACUCAGUUCAGAGAGGCGAGCUCUUGAAUUCGUUAUCAGGAAUGCUUGCUUUGGGUGCUGCUGAGCAAGCCGCUGAUAUGAUCAGCGAUCUCAAAACAACCCAUCUUCUCAGAGCCUCCCCCAAAGCCGUCUUUUGGGGUCAGCUGACCGGCGCCAUCGUGUCUAUCUUCAUGUCCGCUGGUGUCUACAUUGUUUUCUCAACUGCAUACCCAUGCAUCAAUGAUCUUUCCUACGUUACGUGCAGUUUCCCGACACCUGAUGUACAAUCUUGGAGGGCAGUUUCGAUUGCGGUCUCAUCGCCGACCCUUCCCAUCCCACCAUCGUCAGGGUAUACAGCGAUAGGACUGGGUAUCGCGGCUGUGAUUUCGGUUGUUGCGAAGUAUACUGUUGUCCCGCCGAAAUACCAUAUUUGGGUUCCGAACUUUAAUGCCAUCGGCAUCGGUUUCAUCAUGAAUGUAUGCACCUAUCCCUUGGCUAUGUUCUUCGGCUCUACGAUCGCUUUCUUCUGGCGCAAAAUGUUCUUCAAGCACUAUGAGAUGUACUGUUUCGCUGUAGCUGCCGGGUUCAUUGCUGGGGAGGGCCUGGGCGGCAUCGUGACUGCAGUGUUGACGAUAGCAGGAGUUUCUGGUGCUGUAUAUGGAACGACAGUUGGCUGUCCGGGCGGGCUAUAUUGCGGUUAAGCACCUAUGGUGGCAUUGUACUAGUAUGUAAUUUUGACGCUGGGUUAUGAAUUUGAUGAAUAUUC